UUCCACUGUGUCCUUAAGUAUCUUUUAAAUUACUUCCUAAUUCCCUGAGGUUUUGUCCUUAACCCGUGAGGUUUGGUGUCGAUGCGCCUGCAUUGCAGGACCCUGCCCUCGGAGAAAAUGGUUCAUUCUCGUCCUCAUCCCUUUUCCAGUCUUGCUAUUGUGCGCCAGUGAUUGACAGGACCACGAGGCUGAGCGCGCCCAGGAGAUUUUUCUAUAAAUGGCUGAAAACCCUAGUCUAGACUAUUUACUCGGAUAUAAGGGGGACAAUUACCUUCUUGUUCUUUGCUGGUGAACCCUGGCUCUGUAGGGCGACCCUGGAAUUUAACCAGCCUGCCCUAAGCCAGCGGUGGAGGACGGGAACAGCUGGGUAGAAAGUGAAGGACAGCACUCCCAGGACGCUUUCCUUUGGGGCUGGUGCCUGGGUGCUUGAUCCUCCUCCUCCUGUUUGCUUGGGUACCUGAGCGGAGCCCGCGGUGUGAUGGACUGCAAUAACGGAUGCUCCCCAGAAUGUACAGGAGAAGCGGGAUCAAAGGAGGUGGUGGGGACUUUCAAGGCUAAAGAUCUAAUAAUCACACCAGCCACCAUUUUAAAGGAAAAACCAGACCCCAGCACUCUGGUUUUUGGAACUGUUUUCACGGAUCACAUGUUGACGGUGGAGUGGUCCUCAGAGUUUGGAUGGGAGAAACCGCGCAUCAGGCCUCUUCAAAACCUGUCAUUGCACCCUGGCUCAUCAGCUUUCCACUACGCAGUGGAAUUGUUUGAGGGAUUGAAGGCAUUUCGAGGAGUAGAUAAUAAAAUUCGACUGUUUCGGCCAAACCUCAACAUGGAUAGAAUGCACCGAUCUGCUGUGAGGGCCACUUUGCCGGUAUUUGACAAGGAAGAGCUUUUAGAGUGUAUUAAACAGCUUGUGAAACUGGAUCAAGAAUGGGUCCCCUAUUCAACAUCUGCUAGUCUGUAUAUUCGUCCUACAUUCAUCGGAACUGAGCCUUCUCUUGGAGUCAAGAAGCCUACCAAAGCCCUGCUCUUUGUAAUCUUGAGCCCAGUGGGACCUUAUUUUUCAAGUGGAACCUUUAAGCCAGUGUCCCUGUGGGCCAAUCCGAAGUACGUGAGAGCCUGGAAAGGUGGGACUGGGGACUGCAAGAUGGGAGGGAAUUACGGCUCAUCACUUUUUGCCCAAUGCGAAGCAGCAGACCAUGGCUGUCAGCAGGUUCUGUGGCUCUAUGGAGAGGAUAAUCAGAUAACCGAAGUUGGAACUAUGAAUCUUUUUCUUUACUGGAUAAAUGAAGAUGGAGAAGAAGAGCUGGCAACUCCUCCGCUAGAUGGCAUCAUUCUUCCAGGAGUGACAAGGCAGAGCAUCCUGGACCUGGCACACAAGUGGGGUGAAUUUAAGGUGUCGGAGAGGUACCUCACCAUGUGUGACUUGACAACAGCCCUGGAGGGGAACCGGGUGAGGGAGAUGUUUGGCUCUGGUACAGCCUGCGUUGUUUGCCCAGUUUCUGAUAUACUGUACAAGGGUGAGACUAUACACAUCCCAACUAUGGAGAAUGGUCCGAAGCUUGCAAGUCGGAUCUUGGACAAAUUGACUGAUAUUCAGUACGGAAGAGAAGAGAGCGACUGGACAAUCAUAGUGUCCUGAAUGGAAAAUACAGGAUAUCACCUGUGUGCUGUUGAGACAGACCGUUGCGGUUGAAUUAUGAUAGAUUUCUUUGGCUACCUGUUUUUAGUUGUGCAUAAUGUAGUUUGUAUUAUCAGUGUUACUGGGGUGAUUGUUUCUUCAUGCCAGAGAAAAUGAAUUGCAAUCAAGUGCUAUUUUGUAAACUUGGUAGUAGAAGCUUACUUUACCUUCUCUUGGAAAGAUGAUCAUGUAAGCCAUAUAGCAUAGAAUUUUCCUCAAUAAUCUUAGUGCCUCCCUUAAUACUUUACUCAGAUACAGAAGUGUUUGUUUAUUCCUUAGCUUAAGUUAUAGUCUCCUCAACCAAAUGAGUUUGUGUUUGAAAACUGAUCUGGGUAAAUUUCAUAGGUAACAUUUCCUGUGAUGUACCUUCCUCUUCAGAAA